AUGGAGUCACCAAACAAGCGCCUCAAGCCUUCGCCACCCGAAAAUAUGGCCAAAGAGGACGACUUCGUCCCACUCAACUUCGACGACGAGGACAAUACGACAGAGCAAUAUGGCUACGGUGCUACAUCUCCCUCACCUGGAAGCGCAACAGGGCAGGGCAUGUCAAACUCGCCUUUCAACGCUCCCCGUGGGCCGCAAGCAACACAGCCACGGCGAGAUCACCGCAACGACCCACGACAUGCUAAAGACCGGCCCAAGUCUGCGCAUCCUCUGCCCGGCCAUGAGCCUUGGGUGCUGGUGAAGACGAAGUAUGGACGCUACUUUGUCCACAACAAGGACACGAGGGAGAGCUUGUGGCGCACUCCUGCGCAUUUGAAAGAUGCCGUGCGAGAGCAUGAGCAGGGACAGACGUUGGAGGCAGAGAAAUUGGAGAAUGCGAAAUGGGCGGAGGAGCAGUUGAAAGCUAUGCGGCAGCCAGAGAAAGCCGUAGCUGGUAGGGAGGACGAGGGAAGGAAUGCGCAGGAUUCGCAUAAUAGGGCGCGAAGAAGACGAAGCGAGAGCUUGCAGAGGGAGGACGAGGAGGCGCUGAUGGCGGAGAUGGCAGCAGAAGCUGAGCAUGCAGAGGAAAAGGAUGCUAAGGACGCUGUGAAAGGUGUCGAGGGGCUGCAGCCGAAGACGGUGGAAGGAGGAGCAGAGGCAGGGUAUGGCAGUGACAGUUCGUACGGGGAGGUUGAGGUCACGGACUCGGAGUUCGAAGACGACGAUGAAGGAGGAAAGGAGACUGCUGCGACAGCCCAUAUGGAUGGUGCCGAUCAGAAGCAUGAAGGUGGACCUGUUGAAUUUGGAGAAGAUGACAUUGCGUGGCAGCUCGCGGCCAUGGAAGAGGACCAAGACCUGGGUCCAAACCAGGAUGGAGGUGAUGAUGACGACGCAGCGGACUAUGAGGAAGAGUACGACGAGGCCGACGAAGACGGCGCUUCGGACGAAGAGGCUGUGCUUCUCUUCCGUGAGAUGCUUGACGAGCACAAGAUCUCUCCCUUUGCCCCUUGGGACAAACUCUUGAACAACGAAGACAUACUCUACGACGACCGCUACACCCUUCUUCCCAACACACGCACACGAAAAGCUGUUUGGGAAGAGUGGGUCAAAGAGACUGCCGCACGCUUAAAGGAAGAACGCGCCAAAGCUGAGCAGCUGGACCCCCGGAUACCGUACCUCGCUUUCCUGGCCGAGAAAGCCACACCGAAGCUAUACUGGCCCGAGUUCAAGCGGAAAUAUCGAAAAGAAGCCGUCAUGAACGAGAGGAAGCUCGGCGACAAGGAGAGAGAGAAGCUCUAUCGCGACCAUAUUGCCCGCCUCAAACUUCCCGAAAGCGCUCGCAAGGCUGACUUGGUCAAUCUGCUGUCUUCUCUGCCGCCUCGCACGCUCAACCGCGAUACUGGCUUGGACGUUCUUCCGAAUCAACUCCUCAGUCACCUGCACUUUAUCUCCCUCCCCGCCGCCGCCCGUGUUCCGAUAAUCAGCAAGCACAUCUCCAGCCUCCCUCCUGCCCCAACCAAUGCAGAGGCCGGCGAAAUCGACGCCGAAGCCGAGAAGAAGCGCGACGAUGAGCGUAAGCGGCGAGAAAAGGCACUUGCGGAGCGGGAGAAGAAGGUUGAAGAGGAUAGGAGGAAAGCUGAGAAGGAAGGGAGAUGGGCGAAGCGUGAGGCCAGGGAGGCGGAGAGGGAGGUCAGGGAGGCUACGCUUGGUGUUGGGAAUAGGGGGUUGAGGGAGCAGUUGAGGAGUGGAUGA